AUGCUCGACGAGAAUGUGGAGACGCUGAAGAACAUGAACGCCCAGACGGCCAAGUACACCAAGUGGUACGUGAGGGUUCUCGACCCGAAGGUCAUUGAUUACACGUUCACAGCGAGGAACGAAAAAGUGGAGGCGCAGAAGUUCAGUUGCGUUUUGGUGUCCAACGCGCCCGCGCAGUACAUGCUCGGCGCGGUGCCCUUCAGUUUCAAGAAUCGGGCUGCGGCAGCCGAAGCCUUCAAGAAAUUCACGGCGGACUCCGUGUGGGAGCUCCGGACCCCGAGCUUCGACACCAGAGCCAAGUCGGACUUCAUCGGCGGCCCAUUGAAGUCGGUGGUCUUGCUUUGCAGCCCAUCGACACUGACCCGACUCCCGCCCACCAGCACGGAAGCGUUGGCGCAUCCCGCUAAGGGGCUGCAGAUCGCACUGGAUAUCAAGGGCAUCGUGGAGCUUCUCAAGGGGACUGCUACUGGUGCAAACAACCGGGCGGCCUUCGACUUCUGCGGCAAGAUCCUCGGCAUCACCACUCCCAAGCAAGUCAGUAAGAACGGCAGCCUCCUAAUGGUGGCCGAAGCGGAGUUCACGGAUGCUGGCGGCGGGAAGAUCGUGGUGACCGUGUGGAAAAAGGCGCACGAGUACUUCGCCCACGUGCAACCGGGGUCUGGCGUCGCUGUGCUCGGAUGCAGUGCUGCGCUUGAGAACGGCGAGGCGAAGAUCAACAUCUGGCCGGGGGCCCACAUCAGCACCGUUGGCGAUCAGGCCCAGUCUUUGACAGGCUUGGACGCCACCAGUCUGUCGGCCGAGGUGCUCGCCGCCCAGUGGGUGCCAUCUUCCGGUAACGGUUUAGCGAGUGUCAUGGAGGCCGCGGCACACUCCACGUGCGCUGUGGCGUUGGCCGACGCGAUUGCCCACCCCCAGCCCAUCACGUUUCAGAUCAACCGGUGCCUCCUGGACGCGCCGCUACAGCGAGACGCGAUGUACACGCAGGACGGCCGCCUCUUCCUCCGGAAUUGCCGUCUUCGGGAUGCCACCGGGGGGGUGGACGUAGACGUGGUCACCGAUGCCGCCCCGACACUCUACGACUGCUCGGCUCCUGACCAGGUGGCGGCCCAGCUUGACGCCCAGUCUUUGAAAGGCGCCAAGCACCGGUUCAAUAUUCGGGGCAUUCUCCGCCAGGAGAACGGGGUGGCCAAGCGGUACAUCAUGGAGGUGGGCAUGGCGCCUCUGGACGCAGUGGUUUCCACGAGUGCCUUGCGUAUGUGCUGCGGCCUCUCCGUGGUGUCCGGCGAUGUCGUCCUGCCGGUGCCUGUGAGUCGCAUCGUCGAGGACCCGCUCCAGGGUUUGGCAGUCUGUCGCGACGGUGCCAACAACAUCGGUGCAAACAGGGUGUGGCUGCUGGUGCGCGGCAAAAGAAAUCGAUAG